GGGAUUUCAAUGAAUUAGUGCGAGAGAGGAGUUUGUCUUUUAAACCAGUUCGAUGCAGACACGCUGAAAGCCUAAAAGGGUAAACUAAGAUGAGGGUGCUCUUGGUACUGGCGUCUUUACAAGUGGUCAGCGGCACACAAUGUGAGACUUCCAACUCCAUAUAUGGAUACGGCCUUAGCAGCCGCGCGAUCGGCACUCAGAGGGCUGAUGACAUGAUGAUGUGCAUACAAAAGUGCAGAAAAGAGUACAACUGCCUCAGCGUUAAUUACCAAAUGGUAGACGGAUUAUGCAAAUUACAAAACGCAAAUCGGAACACACCUGAGGCGGAAUUGAAAGUUUCGGAGCACACGAUUUAUAUGGAGGAUAUCCCGAAUUCUAAGCCUACUUGCCCAUGGACAAGCCCCUGUAAGAAUGGAGGGACGUGUUAUGUCGAGAAUCAUGCCAGCAAGUGCAUCUGCCCAAAGGGAUACAACGGAAAAGAAUGCGAAAAUGGGCCACCUGACUGUGAAACUUUGCGAGCCGCCGGUGUCACGGCAAGCGGAGUGCACAAAAUAUACCCAGAAGGCAUGGAGAGCAUCAUAGUGUACUGUGACAUGUCUACGGCAGCUGGGGGGUGGACCAUGAUAUUUAAGACGGUAUCAGGGGUGCUAAAACAAGGCGCGGUCAACCUGUGGAUAAAUGACAACUUGACUAGUGACGAGGACUCAACCGAGUCUCUCUCAAACUUCACCAACUCGACGCAGAUGUAUAAAAAUCGGCUCGUACAAAACUGGCAGAAGUUUAAUCCAAAAGAGGUGCUAAUACUGGUUUACAAGAAUGGCGUAGCAGAUUUGCAACUCAAAUUCAACGCAACUGGCAGCGAUAAUACAAACUGGUACCAAAAGUCACGCUUGUUGGAAUCUCCCUGGACAGAUCUCGUGUCUGGUUUGUUGGUACCGACCAAGUUCGUCCUCAUUGGCUGCUGCUCCCGGAUGUUUUAUACCAUGAGUGGGGAGGGUGGAUGCGACAACGACAUGGGGUGGCUUAUGGUAGCAGCAACGGCAUGUCACUAUGAACUCAAUCACAAGCUUAACACGAUCAUCUACAGCAAGAGUACGACCAUACACUUCCGCUUAGGGGGUUAUGAAACAGCUGACGUCAUGGCGGUUUAUGUCCGCUGACAACAUUCAGAAGCCUGCGGUUUAAUUAACAAUGCAAUUAUCACGUUCAGAUGCAGACCCAAGACCAAAGAUCAAUUAUGAUUUUGUUGGAUCCGUGUCGGAUAAUUGGUUUAAAGGUCGCACAGUGUUAUUACACGAACAGAAGAUUACCUUAAUUGUUACCCUUUAUAGGGAAACGCAAACUUGCAAAGAAUGGGGCUAACCUUCCAGAUAUAGUAAAAACCCGCGUGAAAGAAGAUAGAUUUUUUCAAGUCUGGUAAAACAGGUUUUUAUAUUUUGGGGUACUCAUGAACAAAUAAGGCAAAAUAGGUUCUUAUUAGGUUCUUAUUUUUUACAAGUUGUUUAAUCAACAGUAAAAUUCAUAAUCACAGAAGUGUUACAGAAUGCAUAGCCACCUUUCUAUAGAAACAUCCUACUGUAUGCAUGUUAUAUCUGUUAUCUUAUCUUUGUUUAUCUUAGCUUUAUUGUUGAUAUUUCAAAUGCCCAUAAUUUAUUUUUCAUGGAGUAACCCAAUUUUUGGUUUAGUAGGUUGUUAUAUUUUGGGGUUUUAAAAUCUGCCUAUAGGUUCUUACAUGUGGGUUUUUACUGUAUACUGGGGCACAUAAUUUAUUCAAACUGUGACUACAAGUCAUAACUUAACAACACUCAUAAUUAACUAUUAACUUUAUUUCAAAAGUAUAUCUAAUUCUGUGUAAACAUCUCAUUUUCGAUAUCACAUAUCACAUAUCAAUAUAUAUAUAUAUAUGUAUUUUCCUUAAUUUUAACCUUAUUCAACUAUCUUUUUACAAUGGGCGUUGCAACUAAAGAUGACGAAGUCAUUAGUAGCCAGGCAUGCCCACGACGCUUUUAAGUACAAAACACCUAUAUACAAAUAACAAAAUAAAUCAAAUGAAAACAAACAAAAUA